UCUUUCCGCAGCGUCAAGUUCGUUUACGCGGCGCGCUUUAUAGCAACCGUUGCCCCGAGCUGCAGCGCCAUAGUCACCGUAGUCCUGGCGACUGUAACCCACCAACAAUAACAACAACAACCUCCUCCUCUCCGCUCCAUCCUUACCACCACCUUCCUACCAUCCUCAUCCUCAUCCACACACUAGUCCAGGCGCCAUGCAGACCCCAGAGGCCGGCGCUGACUCCACGUCCAACGUGCCCCUCCAGACCAGCGUGCCUGUGCAGCCUGCGGUCAGUGGCCAGCAGGUGGCGUCUCAGGUGCCCGUCCAGCAACAGGCGCAGACUGUUCAACAGGUCCAGCAUGUGUAUCAAGCACAGGUGCAGUACGUUCAGGAGGAAAACAACGGCGUUUACACCAACGGAACCAUACGGACGUAUUCAUAUUCAGAACCGCAGCUGUACAACCAGAACAGCGGCGGGAACUACUUCGACACGCAGGGCAGCUCGGCUCAGGUGAGCGCGGUGGUGACCAAUCACAGCAUGGCUAACAACGGCAACGGGAACGGCGCUCUGGCCAUGGGGCUGUCGGGAGGCCAGAUCAUCAGCAGCUCUGGAGCGUAUCUGAUUGGAGGAAACUCCAUGGAUGGCUCCGCCCCUCACACUGCGGCUCAGACCACCAGAGCCUCCCCCGCCACGAUUGAAAUGGCGAUUGAGACGCUCCAAAAGUCUGAAGGUUUAUCCAGUCAGAGAAGUUCGCUGCUCAACAGCCAUCUGCAAUGGCUGCUGGAUAAUUACGAGACGGCCGAGGGCGUGAGUCUGCCCCGCUCCACCCUCUACAAUCACUACCUGCGGCACUGUCAGGAGCAGAAACUGGACCCUGUCAAUGCCGCGUCCUUCGGGAAGCUCAUCCGCUCCAUCUUCAUGGGGUUGCGAACCCGCCGCUUAGGAACCCGAGGGAACUCGAAGUAUCACUAUUACGGGAUCCGCGUGAAGCCGGACUCUCCUCUGAACCGGUUGCAGGAGGACAUGCAGUACAUGGCGUUGAGACAGCAGCCUGUCCAGCAGAAGCAGAGAUUCAAGCCAGUGCCGAAGAUGGACGGUGUUUCAGGGGACAACUUCUCCAGCGGGGGGCAGCACACGCCCAGUGCUGCGGAGCAGACCUUCAUCGCUCAGAGCCAGCACCAUCAGCAGUUCUUGGACGGGUCCAGAGCUCUGCCAGAGUUUGUUGAACUUGACCUCGGAGAGCCUGUUGAAGGGGUCGGCCUGGAGGACGUCAAAGCCCUUCAGACGCUGUACAGAGAACACUGCGAGGCCAUUUUGGACGUAGUGGUGAACCUUCAGUUCAAUCUAAUCGAGAACUUGUGGCAGACUUUCUGGCGCUAUUCUCCAUCCAACUCCAUAGAGGGCGUCACCAUCACAGAAAACAGCGGUAUGAGCGAGAUCGAGGGCCGCCUGCCGCGGGCCAGACUGAUUCUGCUCUGCCGGAAUGAGGAUGUGCUGAAGUGGAUGAACACCUGUGAUCACCUGAUGUAUCAGGCCCUCGUGGAGAUCCUCAUCCCUGACGUUCUGAGACCCAUUCCUAGUGCCUUGACUCAAGCCAUCCGUAAUUUUGCCAAAAGCCUUGAGGGCUGGCUCACCAACGCCAUGAGCAGCAUUCCCCAGAGGAUGAUCCAGACCAAGGUUUCCGCUGUUAGUGCCUUCGCUCAGACCCUCCGCAGAUACACAUCUCUGAACCAUCUGGCGCAGGCGGCACGUGCAGUCCUGCAAAACACCUCACAGAUCAACCAGAUGCUCAGCGACCUCAACCGUGUGGACUUCGCCAAUGUGCAGGAGCAGGCCUCAUGGGUGUGCCAGUGCGAAGAGGGCGUAGUUCAACGCCUUGAGCAGGAUUUCAAGGCCACCCUCCAGCAGCAGAGCUCCUUGGAACAGUGGGCUGCUUGGCUGGACAACGUGGUCACUGAAGUACUCAAGCCGUACGAGGAUAAACCCUCCCUCCCCAAAGCUGCACGCCAGUUCCUGCUCAAGUGGUCCUUCUACAGCUCUAUGGUCAUCAGAGAUUUGACCCUUCGCAGCGCAGCAAGUUUCGGCUCUUUCCACUUGAUCCGGCUGCUGUACGAUGAGUACAUGUUCUACCUGGUGGAGCACCGAGUCGCCCAGGCCACGGGAGAGACGCCCAUCGGAGUUAUGGGAGAGUUUCAGGACCUGAACACCAUGUCACCUGCCAACAUCGACAAAGAUGAGGUGAGCGAGAUGGACAGCGAUUUGGACGAGGAGAUCGAGGAGUCGGACGAGCCACUGGCCAAGCGGGAGAAAGCGGAGACCGAGGUGAUUCAGGUGCUGCAGGUGGGCGCCAUGGAGGACGGCAGCAGCGCGGUGGUGGGCGUCGUUCAGCCCAGCAUGCUCAGCUCUUUGCCCCAGACCGCCGGCAAUCACACCGAGCACAUCCUCAGCUCGACCGGAACCAGCACCAUCCGCCACUGCAGCAGCGUGGGAAACACGUACGCCUCGGUGUGAAAGUCUACUCCAUCCGUUUGUUUCUCUCUCAUCUCAUCAAUCUCUUUCAGUCCUGUCUGCGAGACAUCCAUUCUUAUCCUCGGAUCGGAAAACACGAUGCUUUGUCCGACACAAAGCUCCCAAGAACUUGAGGAUUUGACGAGAUGCUGAUUGUAAAGUUUAAAGCCCUGAUGUUAAUAGAAAACUCAAAUCCAAGCCACUAGUUCCACCAGGGAACGAUACCAUUUGCCUAGUCCAUAUUUAUCACUUCUCUAUUACUGUACUGGUCAUUGUUUACAGUUUUGUUUAGAACAUGUAAUUGGCCAAAUGUUGCUUGCUGUUUGGUUAGGGAGUGGAAAGUCUCGCUGUAUAACUGUGCUGCUAUAAUCGAAGCAGGCUAGACAACUUGUACUGAACGUAAUGAGCUUGCCUUUUCACCUUCUUUGCAGUCUGAGUGUUUCCAAUUGCCUUCUGUUUGUAGAUUUAGUCGUUCGGUAGCUUGAAGAGGAGGAGUUUUCGUCAUUGUACAUAUAUGCUGCAUGUGUGAACCGUGUUGUGGGUCUUGGAGUUUUAAUUUUUUUGUACCGAUUGGACCAAAAACACAAGAGUGAGAGACGACCGGCUGUCCUUCGUUGCCUCUCUGCAGAGCGAAUGUCAGGGAUUUUAUGUACCUCGGGUUCAUCUUAGUGCCUUAACCCAAACAACAGCUUUUCAUUUCGUCUGAACUGGUGAAGCGACACUGCGUUUGUACUGAAAACCACACCGCCAGAGAAUAUUCAUAGUCUCGCGUAGACAUCUGUCACGCUGGAUUUGUGAUCCGACUCAGAUCACCAUGAACAUUCAUGGAUCGUGGUUUGGCUCGCGCUGUAACGCGCAUCUGUUUCCGCUCCCUAUCCGACGUCAAGGCCCGUUUGUGUGCGAAAGUGUGAAUUUGGCCGAGGUGUUUGUUACGUGUGUAUCUUGUCGCCCUACCUCACGCCGGCGCCGCCGGUCUUAGACACAAGUCCUGACGGAAAUGUGUUUGCUCUUUGCUGACCCGUCAUUUUUAAUUUCACAUCGGUUGCCCUCCAAUCACAAAAGUCAAUAUUUGUAUCGUGGACCAAAAGUUGAUAAAUAUCUAUAUUGGUAUAGAAGUAUAUGAUGAUAAAGAGUUUAUACAUUGGGUCUCAUUCAGUAUGAAUUGUUUUUAAAAACAUUUACGUAAAUUUGACGAUUUACACCAGGAACUAUUUUUGUUUCAUAAAUGUCCCAGCUAACAAAAAUAUGUUCUGAGAACAUUUUGCUUGACUUACGAAAACGUGUUUCUUUGAACAUUCAAAAUGUUUUAAAAACUUUUUCUUGGAUAUGCGAAUGUUAAGCGAACAUUCCAUUCUUCAAACAUUAUGGGAACGUUACUUUUGUACGGAGCCCCACACAUGACAUACAGGAAAAAAAAAUAGUAGGCUAAAUCGUGCUCACACAUUACGAAGUCGAGGGAACGAAAUAGUAAAUCGUGCGAACGAUUUAGUAAAUCGAGGAAACAAAUUAGUAAAUCGUGCGCACAGUUUACUUUUUUUUCCUGCAUGUCAUAUGCGGGGCUCCGUACUUUUGAAUGUUCUCUGAACGUUCUGAAACAAGUAGUAACAUUAAAAAAAAAAAGAAAUGGAUUACAGAGCCCCGCACAUGACAUGCAGGGGAAAAAAAAGUAAAUUCUGCACACGAUUUACUAAUUCGUUCCCUCGAUUUACUAAUUUGUUCUGUCAAUUUACUAAUUUGUUCCCUUGAUUUACUAAUUCGUUCCCUCGAUUUACUAAUUUGUUCCCUUGAUUUACUAAUUCGUUCCCUCGAUUUGAUAAAUCGUGCGCACAAUUUACUAAUUCGUUCCCUCGAUUUACUAAUUUGUUCUGUCGAUUUACUCAUUUGUUCCCUUGAUUUACUAAUUCGUUCCCUCGAUUUGACAAAUCGUGUGCACAAUUUACUAAUUCGUUCCCUCGAUUUACUAAUUUGUUCUGUCGAUUUACUCAUUUGUUCCCUUGAUUUACUAAUUCGUUCCCUCGAUUUGACAAAUCGUGUGCACAAUUUACUAAUUCGUUCCCUCGAUUUACUAAUUUGUUCUUUCGAUUUACUAAUUCGUUCCCUCGAUUUAUAAAUUGUGCACAUGAUUUAGCAAAUCGAGGGAGCGAAUUAGUAAAUCAUGCGCACGAUUUGGCCUUUUAUUUUUUUCCUGCGUGUCAUGUGCGGGGCUCCGUAACGGAUAAUAUUUUUGUGCAAACAUCUUGAGAACAUUUUUAAUGACCAGAUAACUUUGCACAAACGUUCUAUUACCGUUACUGGAACUUUGAGAGAACGUUCUGAGAACGUUCCCUGUUAGCUGGGGAGACCUAUGAUUUUAUUUUAUUUUUUUUUAUCUGCAUGUAUAGAUGAUGGUCUGGGUGGAGUUUAAUUUGGUAUUAGAUCUAGAUUGUUGUUUGUUUAGUUUUGUUUGCUGUUUAAUUACUGUGAAAUGAGGAUGUUAACCAGCAUCCGUUAAGGAUGAAGUCGGCUGUUCGGUCGUUCUGUACUCGACCCGUCGUCAACUGCUCUACUAUUAUGAAAAACACUGGAAAAUUGUAGUUGGAAAACGUUAUUUUCUUCACUAAUGACAUUUAAAACUUGAUUUUAUUUUCAAUGACUGACUGUGUGCGCUAUUUCAAGUACAUUGUAUGCAUCUUUUUUAUCGAAAUGUAUUAUGAAUCUUAAUUUUAAUGUGGUUGUAAUGGAGAAAACCAUCCUGUUCAGUUGAAGAGAUUCAGUCUGUCCAAGUUUCUGAUAAUCGUGAUUUAUAUUUAUGUGUGCAAUCUGUGAAAGUCACCUUUUUUUAACCAUAACGACCUGAUUUUUCUACAGCGGAAGAAUUGCAGAUUAUUUCUGAGAUUAUGUAAUUGGUUUUAGUUUUUCUUCUGUCUUUGUGCCUGGACUACAGACAGCGCUUCACUAUUGGAUCGUUUGGUAGAUGUGUUGAUCACUACUCAAAGUGCUUUUGGUCUUGCAUGCCUUUUCUCGUGCUGCUAGAAUAUCAUGAGUUUCGCUUUUCUUUGUUUCUUUUGGACGACGUGCCAGAAAGUAUAGAACAGUUCAGUGCGUUGAUUCCAAACCACAUGCCUGUUUCUACUCAAAGUUUGCCAAAACGCAGUUAAAGAUCAUUUGAUUUGGCAAGUCUCGCUCAAUCGUGCGAGGACGCCUGUGCUUUUUUCUUUUCUUUUUUGACGCUAAAAUUGGCUUCGCCACUUGCAACCUUACUCUGGAUAUCAAUGCAAGCUUUUCUAGGAAAAGAAACUUGCCCUUCUUCUGAUAUUCAACAUAUCAAGCCCUGAGGAGCGUGAAGGCAGCUUCACUGACUAGAGACUUCAGUGCCUUUGAUUUCACCAAGACCUCCAGAACCAGUACAAGCCAACGGACGGACAGACGGACCUUCAGAGCACGUCUCCCAACACGCCACACUCACCUGAGACACAUAUGCACACCCCAGUUUAAAGGCACCCGAACUUCACCUGCUGAUGAACUGAUGACAUGAACAGAACUAUAUUGGGAUUCCACCAAUAAGAGCACUGCACUAUCAUUGUCAUCACGACUUUUCUUUCUAUUGUACGUAGAGUGACACGCUUGGUUUCUGUGGUCUUAUUUUGGGGGGCUUUUGGAAUAUUUUAAGUGCCAUUUGACUGUUUACGUAGUGAGUCGUGGCCUGCUGUAGCGCGUUCAAAUGCAAGCACAAGCAUCGUGGUACUCUGAGAAACUCUCAGAACAAAGUCCUAGAUGUAAAUAUUGAGAUAAAAAUGGAAGGAUAUUUAUUUACAGUCCCUUACUUUAAGCGGUUUAAUGACAGAUAUGUUUGAAAGUGUAAAUUGUGAUACCACCCCCCCUCUCUAUUGUUUUGGAUGAUGUACCUUACAUAUACAGUACAUAUGUAUUUUUUUCCUUUUUUGUGUGUUGUUCCGAUUUACCUCUUAGUAAAUUAUAUCCUCUGAAAAUUGGUAAAAGCUUACUAAUAAGUGUAGAGUGAUUUGUAUUGUGUAUUUUACAUGAAGGAUAACAAAACCGGGGAACUUUUAUAUUUAUAAAAUGAUAUAUUAACAUUUAGUGUGUCAAUAUGAGGAAAAUAUAGGAAUUAUCCAAGACACAUGUAGUUUGUUUUUUCUGAAUAUUUCAGACUUGAGCUCAGGCUAGCUUAUUAGUGUUGUUUUCUUAAAUUUGUGGCUUGUCUUUCAAUUAAUAAACUUUUUUCUUGUUGAAACGAGA